AUGUCUCCCGUAGUAGAACUUUUAUUAGAAUCUUCCCAAGAACCCACAAGUCAAGUAAAGAAUUUAUCAACAAGUGAAUAUAAACAAGAGAGUAAAGAAGAAAUGCAGCAAGUACCACAAAAACAAACGACUUCUUCGUUCAACAUCAUGUCAAUGUUGAAUCCGGCACCAUCACCUUCUUACAAGUCUUCGUAUUCAAACGCUUCGAAGGUAGGAUCUCCAGUACAGCAAGAAACUCAAACGCACUCGGCGUUACCUCCUGCUUCGUCAAUUACUCAACCUUUUUACGGUUCAGGAAAUCUUCCACCACAAUCCCCACAGACUCCAAAUCUUCCUUUAAAUUUAAACACUUUACGACUACCUCCUCCAUACCCG